AUGCCCGAUGAACCCGAUGUUGCCGCGAGCCACUGGGCGAUUUUGAUUGGAGUCAAUUUCUACGUCGGUGACACGUGCCUUAAGGGCGCAGUGCGAGAUGUGGAGGUCGCCAAGCAGUAUCUAGAGGCCGGGCCUGCACCCGUGGAUAUCGCCAUUCUGACUGCAACAACGCCUGGGAACCCUGACGCUCGCGUUCCAGUCGAGGACCCAGCUUUCCAGCCAACGCGCGAUAAUGUGAUUAAGAAGCUUGAAAGAAUUCUCCGUAAUGCCAAGGAGGGGGACUCUGACGAGAAGACAGAAUCUUGCCUGUUCAAUGUCACAGUCAAUGAACAUGCUGAAUACGAGAUACUGGAUUCGGAAUAUCAGAGCAUCAUCAGUCUGCCAGCCAUACCGCUUGAAGAGCCUGGAGCGUCUGACCGUGUCGCAAACGUCUUGCAGCAUCUCGCAACAUUCAAGUACCUAGAAGGCAUCGAGAAUCGACAUCCAGACUUGGCCUUUGAAAAAUCAUUCUUGCUUGUUCCUAUCAACGGCGACGGAGCUCCCGAAAUUUUCGAUGUUAAGCAUGGCGGUGAAUGGGGCUUUACAAUCGAGAACCUCGGGGAAACGCCUCUAUAUCUGGCCUUGUUCAACUUUACGCCGUCCUGGAAGAUUAUCAAUCUUAUAUCAGGUUCCGGCGGAGGGGAUUUCCUGGUUGUGCAGCCAAAGAAUGACGAGGCAGAAAACAGCAACAAGGAAACUCUACGGUUCGCGAUGGAAGUUCCAGAAUUCCUUCAAAGUCGGGGCAUAAAACGGUGCGAAGACAUAGUAAAGGUCUUCAUCACCAGCAAGCCAACAGAUUUCCCAAGCAUGGUCUUGCCAGAAAUCCCCCUCACCGGAGCAAUUCCUAAUAGAGCCGCUUCCGGGGCCAAGAUUCCACCGUAA